AUGGCGCCUAGACUUCCUCCUCCUCCUCAGCCUAACGAGCCCGAUACGUCCAACAGCGCAAGAUUGAUGGAGGCUGUGAUUGAUAGACUGCAGCAGCAAAAUACCACUUUAAUGGAGCAGAAUGCCACGCUGAUGCAACAGAAUCAGAACGCCAUGCAGAGCUUGGAGGCCGCUCGUGCCAGCUCUGAGACUACACUGCGGCAACUGAUGGAAAUUCUUGCUGCAACCAGGGGCACGCCGGGGGCGUCCUCUUCUAAUGCUGCACCACAUGUUGAGUGGAGUUUGGAAAGCUUUCUUCAACACCGUCCAGCCAAGUUUAGUGGGACGUGUCUUCCUGAUGAGGCAGACCAAUGGCUGCGUGACAUGGAGAGAAUUUACAACGCUAAGAUGUACCCAGAUGAGAACCGUUUAGCCUUCACAGAAUACCUUCUAACGGGAGAAGCGAGCCACUGGUGGGCGAGCGUGAGGGCCAUAUUAACGGACGCUCACAGUCCUAUUACUUGGGAAGUUUUCAGGAGCAAAUUCUAUGAAGAAUAUUUUCCAGAUAGCGUCCGUUUCGCCAAAGAGGUGGAAUUUCUACAGUUGACACAAGGAGGGAUGACUGUUUCUGAGUAUACGAACAAGUUUAAGCACUUAGUUCGUUUUAAUACCAUGGCAACCAGUGCGGAAUGGCAGUGUAGGAAAUUUGAGAAUGGUUUGAGGAGCGAUCUAAAGGUGUUAAUCUCCAGCCUGUGUAUCCGUUCAUUUCCGGCAAUGGUUGAGCGAGCAAAGGUAUUGGAGAAGAACAUGGCUGAAGCUGAGCAGCAUAAGAAGCAACAGACUUCCAGGGGGCCGAUAUUAACAAGACCAAAUCUGACUCGGAAUAGUACUCCAUACGCGUGUCCAGGACAGUCAAGUGGAUCGCAAGCAGUGGUAGUGGCUGGACAGACCGGACAAUCAGGGGCAGUAAGGUGUUUUCAAUGUGGAGGACCUCAUUUCAAGUCAGCUUGUCCUCAACUGGCAGGAGUAAAAUAUUGCACUCGUUGUAGAAGACAUGGCCACCUAGAGAACGAAUGUAAUAUGGGGGGACGUACAUUGAUGAGACCGCCGAACGCUGGAAGGAAUCAGCAAGGGAGAGGUGGACGAGCCCAAGCUGUUGGGCGUGUGUAUGCGAUCACUGGAGCGGAAGCUGCGAGCUCAGGUACGCUCAUCACCAGUACCUGCUUAAUUCAUGGAAAGCAAUGUUGUGUGCUGUUUGACUCGGGGGCGACACACUCCUUCAUCUCGAAGGCGUGCGUUGAUAAGAUGGGGAUAGUUGAGAGUGACAUGCAGUUUGACUUGGUGGUGUCAACCCCAGCAGCUGGAGAGAUUAGGACAUCUACUGUGUGCGCUAGAUGUCCUAUUGAGGUAGAAGGGCAUUGUGGAGCUAAGGAGUUAAUUUUUCCUGAGGAAUAUGAAGAAGAGUUGGGUGUGACGCUCAGUCAAAUUAAGGAAGAUAUAAUGGAAGGCGCUAGUUGUUUCUUGAUCAUGACGCAUGAAGACAGAGAGGUUACGGAUAAGAGUUUUGAACGUUCGUCCAACAAGUACACUGAAGGACGAACGGUUGUGGACGAAUUCCCGGACGUCUUCCCGGAUGAGGUGCCUGGAUUGCCUCCCGUUCGUGAAGUUGAGUUUACCAUUGAUUUGAUUGAAGAACUGAUGGACAAGAGGUUCAUCCGUCCAAGCGUGUCACCUUGGGGAGCGCCUAUGUUAUUGGUAAAGAAGAAGGAUGGCAGCUCUCGGCUAUGCAUUGACUAUCGUCAAUUGAAUAAGCUGACCAUCAAGAACAGAUACCCACUGCCUCGCAUUGACGAUCUCCUGGAUCAAUUGCAUGGAGCGAGCGUCUUCUCCAAGAUAGAUUUGAGAUCGGGCUACCACCAAAUUCCUGUUAAGGAAGGAGAUAUUCAGAAGACGGCCUUUAGAUCUCGAUAUGGACAUUAUGAGUACGUAGUCAUGCCGUUCGGUGUGACGAACGCUCCAGCAGUCUUCAUGGACUACAUGAAUAGGAUCUUCAGGCCGUACUUGGACAGAUUUGUGGUGGUGUUCAUUGACGAUAUUCUCAUCUACUCCAAGAGUUGUGAAGAGCAUGAAGAGCACUUGAGAUUAGUACUUGGAGUGUUGAGAGAAAAUGAGUUGUACGCUAAGUUUACCAAGUGCGAAUUCUGGAUGAAGGAAGUGCAAUUCUUUGGUCACGUCGUAUCUGCUGAUGGAAUUUCAGUCGAUCCAGCCAAAGUACGAGCGGUCUUGGAAUGGGAAAGUCCACGCUCGGUCACUGAAGUUAGGAGCUUUGUGGGACUCGCGGGCUACUAUAGGCGUUUCAUAGAAGGAUUCUCUAAGAUAGUAGCACCGUUAACGCAACUGACCAGGAAGGAUCACCCGUUCGCUUGGACCGAUCGGUGUGAAUCUAGUUUUCAAGAGCUGAAGCGGAAGUUGACGAGCGCUCCAGUUUUGGUAAUUCCGGACACUGCCAAACCUUUCAAAGUUUACUGUGACGCAUCACACCAAGGUUUGGGGUGCGUUCUUAUGCAAGAGAAACGAGCAGUGGCGUACGCCUCUCGGCAAUUGAAGAUACAUGAGAGGAAUUAUCCAACGCACGACCUAGAGCUGGCAGCGGAGUUGAAUAUGAGGCAGCGGAGGUGGCUUGAAUUCCUAAAGGAUUAUGAUUUCGAGUUGCUUUAUCACCCUGGUAAAGCGAACGUUGUGGCGGAUGCUCUAAGCAGGAAGGCAGUUCAUGUCUCGGUAAUGAUGGUUAAAGAGCUAAGUUUGGUGGAGAGUUUCCGAGACCUAAGGUUACAGUUCGAAUUAGGAGCGAAUGUUAUUAAAUGCUGUAACCUUAGAAUUUCUAGCAACGUGUUUGACCGUAUCAAGACGAAACAACGAGAGGAUGAAGAUUUGGUGAAGAUUUUAAGCGCGCUCGGUACGGAUCAGGCCAAACAUUUCAACACUGGAACGGACGGCAUGUUACGUUACAUGGGUCGGACGUGCGUUCCUAAUGAUGGCGACCUGAAGAGGAUUAUCUUGGAGGAAGGACACCAUAGUCGUCUUAGCAUACACCCUGCAGCUGGAAAUUCCAGAAUGGAAGUGGGACAGCAUUUCAAUGGACUUCAUGACUCAUUUGCCUCGCACGGUCAAGAAUCACGAUUCCAUUUGGGUGAUAGUGGAUCGUCUUACAAAGAGUGCCCACUUCCUAGCUGUCAACUUGAAGAUUCGUUGCAAAGCGAACUGGGCAGCAAACUCCAAAUGAGUUCAGCGUACCAUCCUCAGACGGACGGUCAAUCCGAGAGAACAAUCCAAACGCUCGAGGAUUUAUUACGGACGUGCGUACUCGAUCACAUGGGCGUUUGGGAUGAAGUAUUGCCGUUAGUGGAGUUCACCUACAACAACAGCUUCCAGUCCAGCAUUGGAAUGGCUCCCUUCGAAGCUCUUUACGGACGUAAAUGCCGCACACCACUUUGCUGGUUUCAAGAAGGAGAAAGCAUAUUGACUGGACCAGAACUCGUUCAACAAACGACUGAAAAGGUGAAAUUAAUACAAGAGAGAUUGAAGACGUCCAGAAGCAGGCAGAAGUCAUAUGCCGAUAAGAGAAGACGACCCUUGGAGUUCAAAGCUGGCGAUCACGUUUUUCUAAGGAUUAAUCCAACUACUGGAGUAGGCAGAACGUUACGAUCAAAGAAAUUAUCUCCCAAGUUCGUGGGGCCGUACCAGAUCACAAGGAAGAUUGGACCAGUUGCAGGCGAAAUGGCUUUGCCUCCACAAUUGUCCAACCUUCAUCCGGUGUUUCACGUUUCUCAACUCCGGAAAUACAUAUCGGAUCCCUCACACAUAUUGGAGCUAGAGGACGUUCGUUUUCGACAAGACCGAACGCUGGAGAUGAAGCCGGUUCGCAUUGAAGACGUUCGUACUAAGUUAUACAAAAGGAAGGACGUUCGACUGGUGAAAGUAGUGUGGGACGACAAGACUGGCGACUCUACGUGGGAAGUUGAGGAUGCCAUGAGAGACUUAUACCCUCAUCUAUUUCCUGGUAAGUCUUCAAUUUUCGAGGACGAAAAUUUUUGUAGUUAG